AAGCCAUUGAAACCAUCGCCAUCCACCGUCACCAUGCCGAUUACGUUUCUUCGAAGCCUGCUGAGGCUCCCGCGACCGUCUUUUAGACCACAGCCGAGCUUUGCGACGCCUCUCACUCCAUUCAAUGGCUUCGCACGCACGUUCUCGUCAUCACCGUCGACACAAGCCACAUUCAAUCAAGUCCUACGCGGAUGCAGGAAGGGCCAGAAGGCGCGAAGAAAGGUUUCGCCACAGCUGGUAAACAGGCCGGCAAUGAAGGGCGUCUGCUUGCGAGUGGGUAUCACGAAGCCCAAGAAACCUAACUCUGGAGAGAGGAAGAUUGCAAGAGUGAGGUUGAGUAAUGGCGUCGAAGCCACGGCAUACAUUCCAGGAGAAGGGCACAAUGUGCAGCAGCACUCGGUCGUGAUGAUUCGGGGCGGCAGAAGUCAGGAUUGUCCCGGUGUCAAGUAUCACGUCGUAAGAGGGACGAUGGAUCUGGGCGGAGUGCCAAAUCGCGUGACCUCAAGAUCAAAGUACGGCACCAAGAAGCCCAAGACUGGCUAGUUCAAUAAUCCAAGGCGUGUACAUUUAUACCCUCGGUGUCACCAGGAGCUCGGAGGCGUGGAGAAAAAAAAAUGCCGAGAUACAGCGGCUCAGGUCCAGUACGAUACUGUUCAUAUAUCCCAAACAGGAGCUAGGAGAGCGGAAAUUUUCUAGGGACAUCGCUGUAACGUGUAAAAUAUGAGCAUAUUGCAUGGCAUUAGAUGGAGAAACAAGCUACCCAGAUAAGCUUAGGAUAACUCACCGCUAUCCAUUCCCUUCAAAGCCCUUGCGUUAUUCGAAGCG